UGAAUUUAAAUAUGGCGACGGCUCAAUUGUCACAUUGAAACAAAAUAGGUUUACUCUUGCGGGCGAUAUUUAGUGUAAUACAUUAAAUUAAUUCCAUUCAUUUGAUGUUGUAAAAAUGGGCCGAUCAAGGUCUCGGAGUAAGUCGCCUAGGCGUCACCACAAAAGCAGUAAACAUUCGCGAAAGAAGAGCCGAUCUAAGGAUCGUUCUUCGUCAAGGAGUAGGAGUUCCAAACAUGCCGAGAAAUCAAGAGAACGGAGCUCUAAAUCUAGAAAACGUUCCCAUUCCGUGUCGUCGUCCAGUAGCAGUGUUGUGUCUUUCGAAGGCAGUAGAAGUCGUAGGAAGAAGUCUAAAGGUCGCAAUAAGAUGGAUGAGGUAGACAGACUUGCGGAAAUGGAGAGGCAAAGACGUGUCAGGGAGGCAGAACAGAAGGUUGUUGAAGAAGAGGCUGCCAAAAGGAUAGAGCUUCUAGUUAAGAAGCGAGUUGAAGAAGAGUUAGAGAAAAGGAAGGAUGAAAUCGAACAAGAAGUGGCUAAAAGGGUUGAAGAGGCCAAGCGCAAGAUGGAGAAAGAGAUGAUGGAAGAAUUGGAACGGCAGAGAGAACAACAGCGCCGAGAGGAAGCUGCCCGUCAGGAGGAAGAAGCUCGUAAAAGGAAAGAGUUGGAGGAUAUCAUGGCAGAAAAUAAUAAAAAAAUUGAGGAAGCCCAGCGCAAGUUGGCUGAGGAACGGCUAGCGAUGAUUGAAGAACAAAGAAAAAUGGAUGAAGAAAGGCAAAAGCUGAAAAAAGAACAGGAAAAGAGAGUAAAGGAGGAACAAAAGAAAAUACUUGGAAAAAACAACUCGAGACCAAAACUAUCUUUUUCAUUAAAACCUUUAUAAUGUAAUAAGUACUUAUUGCUGGAAAGAGAAAUUCUUCAGAACUUAAAGUUGUUGUAAAGCAUAGAUAUCAGAUUAUAAAUCAUUAACAUUAUGUUUUUAUAAAUUGAAUGUACUAUUUAUGUCCUGAGUUUUGUAAAGAAUGUCUCGUGUAGCCUCUAGCUAGCUAGCUAUCGAUAAAUUUUUAUUUCUGCAAUACAAUUAUUAUAAAUCGGUAGUAUUCUGUUCAAAAAAUUCUGUCAGAAGUCUGCUAUCGAUUGGCAAUAUAAGACGAAACUGUAAAAAAAUACACUUUACUUUUGAUGGGGCAGUCCAUUUUUGUUUUAACCAUAAGGAAAUGUUCUUUUUAGGGUUCUAUCUAUGACCGAAAUGACGUAUAGACGACAGACUGGCAAUGGUAUAGUAAAUGUUUUUUUAUUUAUUGCAAUUAAAUGUGGAAUAAAAUGGUCUACCCCACUAGUCCCAUUCAGUUGUCCCACGUUGGGAAAAGUAGACGAUUUUUUCCAAGUAGUCCCAUGGGACAAGUGUCAUUAAAGUAUGAUAAAUUUGCGACUUACAAUUUAUUACAAAAACUAAAAUUGUGAAGCAGUUUUACUCGAUAUUAUAUUAUUUUUAAGAUCAAAAGCAAGUGCAUUUAUUUAGUAAAUGAAAUAAUGUUGCUCAUCACUACAUAUUAUUGAAAAGAUAUCACAAAUUGUAUAUUUUGUUAAGUCAUCCAAUAUGGGUUAGCCACCCUUGCAAAGUUGCGGAGGUUAGACGGAAAUCGCUUCGUGAAAAAACCACACUCACACAAUACACGAUUGUAGUCAUAGGAGAUGUGAGGUCGCAAUUGGGACUAAUUCUAGCAGAUAUUCUAUUAUCAGAACGAAACCUGGACGGAUUGAUAGAUAUCUAUCUAUUUAAUUAAUAUUUUUGUGUAUAUAUAGAUACGUAUUUAAGUCAGUGAAAUAGUUUUUAAGCUGGUGUCAAAUAAUUGUACACUUGUUUAAGAUGAGUUGAAAUAAGCUUUUGGCUAAACCUGUGAUCAAAAUGCACGUUCAGUAACAAGUGCAUAUAUGUAUUGUGCUAGUGCAUUCAUAACAUCUGUUGUCCGGUACGUAGUCUUUAGGAGCCAUAGCAGUAACUUGCUACACCCAUUUUUCAUUAAAAAAAAUGUUCUUUUUUUUGUGGUUAACCGGCUAAUAGUUUUUGUUGGUUAACUGAUUAAAAGAUUGCUAUGGUUUUAAAAGUUGGGUAUUUAAAGUCUCAAUACUAUGUUGAUAUAAAAUUAUUUGCACGCAGAUUUUGUAGUUAUAUAUAGUCCUUAUUGUAUAAUGCUUUAUACCUUCACAAAAAUUAUCAGGCAACUGAAUUUGGAAUUCAAACAAAUAAUUUCUAGUGCUAAAGUUGUUUAUAUAAACUUAAGCCAAAUAGCUGAACGUGGCCUAUCAGUCUUUUCAAGACUGUUGGCUCUGUCUACCCCGCAAGGGAUAUAGACGUGAUUAUAUGUAUGUAUGUAUGUAAGUCGAUAACAUGGUUCGUGUAAUAAUUAUUUUAUAACAUUUAGCAUUAAGUCUAUGUAAAUAUGUUUAAUUUUAGCGUAGGAUUAUUCUGUCAGCGGUUUUUGUAAAGAGAAGAACAAAGAAACAUUAAAUUUUACAAUUGGAUAUGUACGACCUGUUUUAGAAUUGACAAAGUCGAGAUUAACACCGAGAGAGAUAUUCUCUCCUUCUCUCUAAUUUUAUAAAGCAAUGCAAUGUAACUUAACAAAACAAUUUAGCAAUAUAACUUUUCACAUGGAAAUAUUUAUAUACCUUUUUUUGUUUUUGCAUACAUGAAAUAACCAACGCCUCGUUCCCAGAGUGGUAGGCUGAGACUACAUCUUUCACGCCACGAUCCUUACUACCUUAUUUCGCUUCAUCCACUCAUGCUUCAGCUUUCCUUGCGCCAGAACGUCCCUGAUUUCAUUAAGGUACGUUCGUCUAGGCCUUCCAACUCCAUUUACCAUUUACUACCAUGUAUAUUUGCUUAGUCAACCUGUUUUCAUUCAUCCUUUCCAAGUUCCUAUUGCCGUUACUAUAUCUUGUUUCACAUCACACGCUGUUCCUUAUCCCGUCACUCAAUUUACAUCGAUCAUACUCCUUAUCUCACUUUGGCAAGUUAAUAUACUUUUCUACCAUAAGAUUAAGAAUAGCUAUUAAGUUUCCUAUAUAUAACUCAUUAUAAAAGUGUGUCAAUAAAAAUGAUUUUAAAUCAUGCACUAUUCGCCCGCUAAACCAUAAUGUUGAGAGUUAUAUGUAAAAAAAGUGUGUGUUGUUUUACAAAUAUUAGUUAAGCGGCUAUGGAAAGGUGUUUGUGUAAGUGAUAAAUACACCGUUUUUAAAAAGAAAUUCGCUCACGCCGGUACCAUAGCGUUAAUUUAAAUUUUUAUGAAAUAUGUUAGGAAGUUUAUCCGACUUGUCACACAAAUCGAACAUUCAGCAGACCGAUUUGUAUGGGAAGUCGUAGACGCAUAGAUUCUAGUUCUACUUUUAUACUGCAACAUAUUAUGUGGUAAACAUUUUUUUCAGUCUUGGAGCAAAUUCGUGUUCAUUCUAAUAAAGAACUAAAUCAUUAGUAUUAAUCCUUGAUUUAUUAAAUAAAUGAA